AUGGGCCUGGAAGACAACACUUUAUUUUUAUCUUCUUGUAUUUUGGAAUGCAGUUCAAGGCAGUCACUUGUAAUGUUCCUUGAUUGGCAAGUUGUGAACAUGGUUUUAUUGAUGGCUUCCAAUGACUGCCCACUUAGCCGAUUAUGGGAGUUGCAGAUAUUACAUAGUAUCGUGGAAGGUGGGGUCAGCAACUAUCAGACUUAUAUUCCAUACUAUCCACAACUCUCCUUAUUGCAUACUUCAUUUCAGCUAAGGCUGUUCAUUUGUGGUGUUCAGUGCUAA